AUGAUUGCAGAGUCUAAAUCUGUCCCUCAGAUCGAAAUCAUGGCCGCCUCUCCGACUACUACAACAACCACCAAGCCUCGACGGGAGCCCCGAGACACAGGGUUCCCAGAGCCCUUCAACGAUGUCCGCAACACUACUCUACCCCAUCCCGAUGCAGACCUCUCACCAAACGCCUGUAUCAGUCAAGAAGAUAUCGAUCCUGACCGGGCACUCACUCGAACUCGCCGGUCCUUUUUGAGGAAGAAGCGACGGACUCUCAACCACGGACGCAUCACACCCACGUCCGAAGCCCUCUACAGCGUGCUAUCCCUUGUUAGCACCGACACUGGAGAUAACGCCAGCAUUAAGCAAGCCAACCCAUCCAUGACAAGCAUCCGACCAUCCAUGUCUAGCAUUCGCCCAUCUAUGUCGAGCAUCCGGCUUUCAAAGGAUGAAACCGAGAGUCUCGCAUCAAGGAACACGAGGAGGGACGAAGAAACGCCACCAACAUCUCCUGAUGUACCCUCAUAUCGAUCUAAGAAGGGCUUCAUGAGGAAGUGGCGAAAGAACUAG